CUGCAGUUUUCAUUCUAAAGAAAAAAAGUAGACGAAGCAAUCAGGGUAGGGAAUUCAUAUCGCAGUUCGUACUAAAACGUUAAAACCUACAGAGCCAUCUCUUGGGCCAUGACCACUGCCAUCACGUCGUUCUUAUCAUAUUACAGUCCUUUGUUCUUUUCCCCAUUUCCAUCAGUCUCGACAUCGAGCAAAACGCCUGUCAGUGUGCCCCUCAGAUCCAUGUCCUGGAGCUCCCCCCGCUUCGCAGCAAGGGCAAGCAGCCUCCCCAUGGAGCCUGAGGUCCUGCAGAAGGGCAUCGCUGAGUUCUACGAUGAGUCUUCUGGCAUUUGGGAAGAGAUCUGGGGCGACCAUAUGCACCACGGCUUUUACGAUGCCGAUUCCGCCGUUUCCGUUUCCGACCACCGCGCUGCUCAGAUCCGGAUGAUUGAGGAGGCCCUUCGUUUCGCUGGUAUUUCUGAGAACCCAUCCAAGUGGCCCAAGGCUAUUGUUGAUGUUGGAUGUGGCAUUGGUGGAAGUUCAAGAUACAUGGCAAAGAAAUUUGGGGCAAAGAGCACCGGCAUCACUCUAAGUCCUGUUCAAGCUGCGAGAGCAAAUGCUGUUUCUGCUGCCCAAGGGUUAGCUGACCAGGUUUCGUUUCAAGUUGCAGAUGCUUUAAAGCAACCGUUCCUUGAUGGGCAGUUUGAUCUGGUAUGGUCCAUGGAGAGUGGAGAACAUAUGCCUGACAAAGCAAAGUUUGUUGGUGAGUUAGCUCGAGUAGCAGCACCGGGUGGCACAAUAAUAAUCGUAACAUGGUGCCACAGGGAUCUCGGCCCUACUGAAGAAUCUCUGAAGCCAUGGGAGGAAAAUCUUCUGAAGAAGAUAUGUGAUUCAUAUUAUCUCCCAGCCUGGUGCUCAACCGCUGAUUAUGUCAGAUUACUUGAGUCACUGUCACUUCAGAACAUCAAAUCAGCAGAUUGGUCUCCCUUUGUGGCUCCAUUUUGGCCAGCAGUCAUACGCUCGGCUUUGACGUGGAAAGGUCUUGCAUCACUCUUGCGCAGCGGAUUGAAAACCAUAAAAGGAGCGUUGGCUAUGCCAUUGAUGAUAGAAGGAUACAAGAAGGGUCUAAUUAAAUUUGCUGUCAUUACAUGUCAAAAGCCUGAAUGAAUGAAGGCGAAAAAUGAUUUAGCACCGGAUGGGUUUCCCAACAUUCUCAUUGAGCAUUCCUUGCAAUGGGGUGCUUGUUAUAGCGGAGAAAUGAAGUGAUAUUCCCCACUUAAAAUUAGUUCUGCAAAAUGGUUCAACUCCACUGCAUCAUAUUAUCAAUAUAAAAAAUCCUUGGUUUAUUAAAACACUACUUGUAGCGUGCAAUCUGUUGGGGGGUAUUUUAACCCCCUUGUUUGUCUAAA